AUGCAUAAUUGUUUAUUUUUAAGAAUGGCGAAACCUCGUGCCGAAAUGACUCAAGAGGAGUUGGCGGCAAAGGAGCAGGAAGAGUUCAAUGUUGGGCCUCUGUCCAUUCUUAAUAACUCAGUGAAAAAUAACGCCCAGGUCCUCAUCAAUUGCAGAAACAACAAGAAACUCCUUGGCAGAGUCAAGGCUUUUGACAGGCAUUGCAACAUGGUCCUUGAAAACGUCAAGGAAAUGUGGACAGAGCAACCGAAAACCGGCAAAGGAAAGAAGAAGGCAAAGGCGGUACCAAAAGAUCGCUUCAUUUCGAAGAUGUUCCUACGUGGGGAUUCGGUGAUUCUCGUUCUCAAAAAUCCGCUUGCACCCGCCGAGUGA